ACAUUAGAACGUUACACCUUUCACUUCCGGCGGUUGUUUGGCUGGUUGUUUGAAAUGAGAACCAUGGCUCUAAAUAAAACACACUUGUAAUGCUUAGAUGGCAGGUUUAUUAAAUAUAGAUACACGCUGUGGAGUCAGAAGAGUCCUAUAGGGAGCCACAUGAUUCACUUCAUUCUGGGUUCACCGUAUUAUGUUCAAAAAGAUGACUGAAUUUGGACCAGAUUCCGGGGGGCGAGUUAAGGGAGUAACCAUUGUGAAGCCCAUUGUUUUUGGAAACGUUGCCCGUUACUUUGGGAAGAAGAGAGAGGAGGAUGGACACACACAUCAGUGGUCUGUCUACGUGAAGCCUUACAGAAAUGAGGAUAUGUCUGCUUAUGUGAAGAAGAUCCAGUUCAAGCUCCAUGAGAGCUAUGGUAACCCACUGAGAGUGGUGACGAAGCCUCCAUAUGAGAUUACAGAGACGGGCUGGGGAGAGUUUGAGAUCAUCAUCAAGAUCUUCUUCAUUGACCCCAAUGAGAGACCUGUGACUCUGUACCACCUGUUGAAGCUGUUCCAGUCAGACUCCAGCGCCAUGCCCAAGAAGACAGUCGUCUCUGAAUUCUAUGAUGAAAUGAUCUUCCAGGAUCCUACAGCCAUGAUGCAGCAGCUACUGACCACAUCGAGACAACUCACCCUGGGUGCAUACAAGCACGAGACAGAAUUCGGCGAGCUGGAGCAGAGGACCAAGGAGAAAAUGGAAGCAGCAAAGAAGAGAACCAGCCAGGAGAUCACAGAGCUGAAAGACAAGCUAAAAGCCAGCAGAGAAAACAUCAACCACCUGAAGGCUGAGAUCAGGAAACUGGAGGAGGACGGAGACCACAAGGAGCAUUGAGGAACUGACAAACACACACAUACAAUACAGUGCUGUGACAUUCAAUGAUUACACUUUUCCCCCUUUUAUUUUAUUUUUCCAGACAAAAUCCCACAGUACCCUCAUCUUCCUGAUGAGAUAUCCACAUUUGUGCAAACAGUUUUGAAUGUGAAGCUCCUUUGUUGUUGUUGUUGUUGGAUUUUUUUUUUGUUUUUUUUUUCACUGGUCUUUUGUUUUUUUAUAUAAAGUAAACGGGUUUACAGGAUUGAUUGUAUGUUCUUCUUCUGUUCAAACCUGAUGGAAUACAGUAAUUUAGACAAAUACACUACUACAUGUAUCAACUAAGUAUAACAAGAACAUUUGAAGAAUUUUGAAACAUUUUAAAAUUUGACCAUUUUUGACAAAAUCGACAUACAUGUGAAAUUUUUUUCAAAUUUUAGACAUCUUAAAAUAUGGUGGGGUUUUUUUUGGUUGUUUCUGCAAAAGCCACCAUACUACAUGUAUCAACAUACUAUAAUAUGACCAUAUAAAAAGUGUUGGGCCGUUUGAAAACGUAAUGACUUUUUUCUUGAAAAUUU